AUGGCUUCCACCUCCUCCUCCUCCAAGCAGACCGCCAGUGGCUACUUCCAGCUCACACGCCUCCACAAACCCUUCAUGGGCAACACCCUUCUCUUCUGGCCGUGUGCAUGGGGGCUCACGCUCGCUGCACGCGCAACUAACAUGCCAUUAGACACAUACGCGACAUACCUCACCGCAUUUUUCUACGACAAACUCGUCGAGCGCACAAGAACGCGCCCACUGCCGUCCGGGCGCGCAUCAAUUUCGGGAGCGAUCGCACUCUACUUCGCACUACAGCUCCCUGCGGUGCUCAUGAUCGCGCUCACCAACAAGACAACAGCUCUUCUUACUUUGAUCAGCAUGUUCCCAAUCCAGGGUCUCUACCCGCUCAUGAAGCGCUGGACAUACUGGCCGCAAGCCUGGCUUGGUCUGUCCUUCAACUGCGGUGUCCCCGUCGGGUGGGCCUCCGUCACCGGCCAGUACCCGCCCCCAUCGGUGUGGCUGCUCGCGCUCGGCGGCACGUGCUGGACCAUCUUUUAUGAUACCAUCUACGCCUGCCAGGACCGCGAAGACGACAAGCGGGUGGGCAUCAAGUCCACCGCGGUCCUCUUCGGGGACCGCGUCCGGGCGAUCCUGACGCUCUUCGCCGGCGCGUUCGUGCUCUGCCUCGCCGUCGCCGGCGCCGCGCUCGGCCACGGCGCCGCGUACCUGCUGCUCUCGUGCGGCUGCACGCUCGCGCACCUCGGCUGGCAGCUCUGGGUGUGGGACGACAAGGACGUGCGGGACAGCAUGCUCAAGUUCGAGUCGAACGGCUUCCUCGCGGCGGUGAUUUGGCUGGGCAUGUUCGGCGACUAUCUCUCCGGGGCGGCGCGGUCGUUCGCGCUCUGA